GGUGUUGGUUCCUCCAGGAUCCUCGGUGUCUAGCAGGCCUCUGCCUGCCAGGGGGAUUGGGAGAGAAGGAGAUGGGAUCCGCUGUUCAAGGGACGAGAUGGUGCGGACGGAGAUUAAGGAGUGCCGUGGUCCAGAAUCCUGACUCUGAGUGUUUCUGCUCCCAGAAGAAGUCGAAUGAGAAACAAAGAUGCCCAUCUGCUAAAACAUCCAGACCUUCUAAGAACUGGAAGAAACUGGUCGCUUCAAUUUCUGCGAGAACUGAAAGUAAGAAAAAGCACCCGAGGCCACUGUAUCCGUACAUCAACUAUCUUAUCCCUGAACUGAACCAGGCUGUGAAAGGAGAGGUAGCCGAGAUUGAUCCAGAACUGAUCCCGGUGAAGGCUGCCGGACGCCAGGUGGAGGCCAGCCAGGUGCAGUUCAGUUGUGCGGAGGCCGGCAGAAUGCAAGCCAGUAGGAUGGAGUUCAGAAGACUGGAGCCCAGUCUGUUGGUGUUCAGAAGAGUGGAGUUCAGUGCGUUGGAGUUCCGAAGCAUACAGUCCAGUGUGUUGGAGCUCAGAACAGUGCAGCCUAGUGGGAUUGAGUUCAGAAGAGUGGAGCCCUGUGGGUUGGAGCUCCGAAUAGAGUUCAGUGGAUUGGAGCUCAGAAGAGUGGAGUCCAGUGGGUUGGAGCUCAGAAGAGUGGAGUCCAGUGGGUUGGAGCUCAGAAGAGUGGAGUCCAGUGGGUUGGAGCUCAGAGGAGUGGAGCCCGGUGGCUUGGAGCUCAGAAAAGUGGAGCCCAGUGGGUCGGAGCUCAGAAGUGUGGAGCCCAGUGGGCCGGAGCUCGAAAGAGUGGAGCCCAGUGGGCUGGAGCUCAAAAGAGUGGAGCCCAGUGGGUUGGAGUUCAGAAGAGUGGAGCCCAAUAGGACGGAGGGCAGAAGAAUGCAGCCCCGUAAGGUGGCGUUCAGAAGAGGGCAGUCCAGUGGGACUGAGCCCAGACAAGUGAAAUCCAGCAGAAAAAGGCCCGUCAGAGCGGAACGAAGGAGGGCGAAGCUCCCUACCCUCUCCCUGGCAGACAAGAAAAAGAAGGAGCCAAAGCCCACCGUCAAGGUCCCUGAAAUAAUCCAGCCGAUCCCAGAGUUGGACAAAUUCACCCAAGAGAAGAUUAACAAGAUGCUCAGCGUGUGUGUGUCACACCUGGUGCCGCCUCUCUCGCCACCAUCUGAGUGACGACCCUAGUGUGGGCCGGGCCUCAGCUUCUGCCAGAACGAUCCUGCCUCAUCCCAGGAUCCCCUUGACUUUUCGCAGCAUAAAACUGAUAGCUGAGGAAAAAACUGCUCCCCGGCCAAGCCUUCAGGUUGUGUCCGCUUACCCCAAAUAGUGUAGUUCCAUGGAAAUAAACAUGUGAGCUUU